UCGUUUGCAAGUACUACUUCGAUAAUACUACGUAAGAAGUUUGUUCCUCCUCUAUAUAUCGUUUAAAGUUGAUAGUACCAUGUGAUUGAAACGUGAAAACAACAAGAUAUUUUUAAAAAAUUACUUAUUAUCAACAUAAGAUUUAAUUGUUGAUAAAAUCAUGAAAAAUUUAUCAUUAUUGCGUCAAAGCUGUCGAAAUUUGGAAUCUCUGGAAAAUGAAAUUUUAUGUAAUUUGAAAUAUUCGAAAAUAUUAUGUACACUUAACCCAAACAAUGAUGAUUUAUACAUUGGAUUACAAGAUCAAUUAUACAUAAUACCCUCAGAUCCAGAUAGUGAAAUAACUUCUGUAAAUAUUAAGAAUGAAACAAACAACAAAAUUAUUGGUUUAGAAUAUACUAAUGUAACACAUCAAGUAUAUUGUGCAUAUGAGAAUGGUGACUUAAUGACAAUAAACAUAGACUCUGAGUUAGAUUGCGAAAUGGUAACACAAAUAAAUGGAGGCUUAAGCUGUAUGAAACUAAGUCCUGAUCAUGAAAUCCUUAUAUUAAUAACACCCAAUGAUACCGUAAUUACUAUGAUAUGUAGCUUUGAUAUAAUAUCAAAGGUAAAUUUACAAGAAUCAAAUUUUGGGGUAAAACAAUUUAUAACAGUUGGUUGGGGUAAAAAAGAAACGCAAUUUCAUGGAUCAAUAGGUAAAGCUGCAGCAAUGAUCAAAUCAGUAGAAAUAAAUAAAAAUGACACUGACGAUGGACUACCCAGAAUAACAUGGAGAGGUGAUGGUUCUUUGUUUGCUGUGAGUUUCAUAGAAAAAAACAAUGACAUUCGUCAAUUUAAGAUUUUCAACAGGGAAGGUAUUUUGCAAUAUACAAGUGAAUUGUCAAAUAAUAUGGAAGAGUCAUUAUCUUGGAAGCCUUCUGGAAAUUUAAUAGCUACAACACAAAAAUUAAUCAAUAAGCAUGUGGUAUCUUUUUUUGAAAAGAAUGGUUUAAAACACAGAGAAUUUCUACUUCCAUUUGAAACAAAAAAUGUUACAGUAAAAGAAAUAUUUUGGUCUCCGGAUUCAGAUAUUUUAACUGUUUGGAGUGAAGAAAAUAAUAGUAUAAUAUUACAACUGUGGACAGAAAAGAAUUACUAUUGGUAUUUAAAACAAACAUUCAAUUUCUCUAUAGACAAUCCACUCUUAUAUGGUACAUGGAGCUGUAGGACUAACUGUGGGAAAACAUUAAUUUUACUCACACCACAGAAUGUUUUAACUUAUUCAUUUCAGUGGACCAUUAAUCACAGUAAAGGUCAAAGUUCAAAAGACAAAGCAGUAGUUGCUGUUAUUGAUGGAAAAAAAGCUUUAUUAACAGGAUUUAAAGUUGGCAUAAUACCACCUCCAAUGGCACAUCAGACUUUAGAACUUUCAGAACCAAUUAAUGCAAUUGUCUUUGCACCAAAUGUAAAAAGUACAGAAUCUUUGAUAGAUAUCAAUGCUUUCUUUUGUGUUCUACACAAUAACAAAUUGGCAUUUUUUAAAUGUUCAGACGAUUCAAAUGUUCUUGAAUAUAAGAAUAUAAGUAUGUGCGAAAUUAAAUGGGAUGUACCAACAUUUGAUACUAAGAAUGUUAUACCUAUCAUGCGACAUUUCUUAUGGUUUAAGGAAAAUACUAUAUUGAGUUCUAUUUCAAUAGAUAAUCAAAGUAUUUUGUGUAUAAUAAAUGUAGAUCUUGAAAAGGAUGAGGCUACUGUAAAACAAACACACAUCAUGGAAGGAUUAAUAGAACAUAUAAUAUGUUCCCCUAAUGCAGAUGAGGUUUUUAUGGUAAUAGAAGGCUCUGUCUUAAAAUACAAAGAUAAUGAAUUUGAUUUCAUUGGAAUUAAAAUACCAACCUUCUCUCAUAAAGUAGAUCUAUUAGAAAUUGAUACAAGAUAUGCAAUAAUAUCAUUAUCUCAUGGCAAUCGUUUAUCAAUCGAUAGUAAAGAAAUUGCAAAUAAUAUUACUAGUUUUUUUUUACAUUCAAAAUUUUUACUUCUUACAACUUCACAACACACACUAGUAUGUGUUACUUUGGACAACGAAGGAUUAGAGCAAUUAUAUAAGCAAGAUUUAACUAUAAAACCAUGGGAAAAUAAUAUUUGUAAACAAUCUGUUAAUGAUUUAAACAUAAGGAGAAUAGAAAGAGGAUCUUUUCUAAUAAUAGCUCUUCCAAAUGACUCUAAAACUAUUUUACAAAUGCCUCGGGGUAAUCUUGAAUGUAUUCAGCCUAGAGCAUUAUCAUUGUAUAUUAUUGGAGAACAUUUGAAGAAGUGUGAAUAUUUGGCUGCAUUUAAUCUUAUGAGAAAACAACGUAUUAAUUUGAAUUUAAUAUAUGAUUACGAACCUUUAAUAUUUCUGCAAAAUGCAAAGAAAUUUGUUGAAGAUAUUACAAAUCCACAAUGGUUAAGUUUAUUUUUAUCUGAAUUACAAAAUGAAGAUGUUACUUGUACGAUAUAUUCGAAUUGUUAUUUAAAGUGCAAAAAUCAACAAGAAUCGAAUGGAAAUAAGGUUUCAUUGGUUUGUAAUUUGCUGAGAAGCAUUUUGGAAGAAAAAAAUAAUGCAAAUUAUUUUAUACAACCAAUAUUAAUCAGUUUGGUUAAAAAUCAUGAACAACAAGGUUUGGAAGGUGCACUUAAAAAAUUAAAAGAAAUAAAAGGAUUGGAAUCUAAAGAAUUUGUUCAGAGCAUAUCGUCCGAAGAUGCAUUAAAAUAUUUAUUAUACUUAGUAGAUGUAAACGUUCUUUUCGAUACAGCUUUGGGCAUGUAUGAUUUUGAAUUGGCAAUGUUGAUUGCAUCAAAAUCGCAGAAAGAUCCUAAAGAAUAUAUACCGUUUUUAAAUAAUUUAAAAAAACUUGAUGGAAAUUUUAUGAAAUAUUCUAUCGACAUACAUCUAAAACGAUAUGAAUCUGCUUUAAAUAAUAUAUCAAAAGAUACAGAAAGAUUCGAUGAGUGUUUGAAUUUAAUAAAAAAUCAAAAUUUAUAUACGAACGGCUUAAAGAUAUUUCAAAAAGAUAGUAAAGAAUAUAAAGAAAUUGCACGAAUUUAUGGAGAUCAUUUAUUAAGUAAAAAUAAAUAUAAAGAAGCAGGAAUAAUGUAUCAAAAGGCAAAUGAUUAUGCUAAUGCAUUAAAAGUAUAUAAAUUAGCUGGUUGUUGGCAAGAAGCUAUUAUUGUUUCAGCUUCACUGAAUUUAAGUCCUUCAGAAUUAUGUAUAUUAUACAAAGAACUUCAAAAAAGAUUAUACUAUGAUAAAAGAUAUUUAGAAGCAGCUCAAAUAUUGAUACUCUAUUUAAAUGACCCUGAAGGAGCUGUUUCACUGUUAUGUGAGGGCAAAUAUUGGAAGGACGUUUUAAGAAUUGCAACUGAUGCAAAUCGUAUUGAUUUAAUUGAAACACAUAUUAAGCCUGGCAUACAAGAACAUGCUGAAUAUACUACGGCACAAAUUAUUAAGAAUAAAGAAGAUUUUGAGAAAUACAAAGCUCGACUUACAGUAGUAAGAACAGAAAUGAUAAAUAAACAAACACAUAUUUAUGACGAUACAUUAAAUGAUAAUAUAUUAAUGUCAAAUAAUGGGAUUAACGAUUUUCUUAGCGAUAUCAGUAGUGUUACUGGUUCUAUAAUUAGUAAAGGAUCGCAAUCAUCUAUAAUAUCUAAGAGAAGUUAUAGAUCAAGUAAAAAUCGCAGGAAACAAGAGAGAAAACUUUUAAGUAUGAAAGAAGGGAGUAUGUUCGAAGAUUUAGGAUUAAUGCGAGCAUUACAUGAAAUUAUUACCAAAACAUAUAAGCAAAAAGAUGAAGUGGACUUAUUAACACAAAUGUUACUAUAUUUUAAUGAUGAUGAAGCUGCAGAAAAAUUACAAGAUAUUAUGAAAAGUUUUCUUGCAAUUAUAGAAAGUAGUAAAUCUAAAAUUUGGGAUAAAUCAGCGCCUAUAAGUCUUACAUUUUAUGAAGUUAAUUCGAUUGAUGAUACCUGUAUAUCAAAAAAGCAUCAAGAAAUGUUUAUACCACAGAAAUUAGUUGAACCACACAUAAUGUAUCCACCAGAAGAAACUGUAUCUACAGGAUAUCUGCAUAUUUUUUCAAAAUAAUAUUAAAUAAAUAAAAAAUAAAUAUUUUUAUCAAA